AUGCAGCACUUAGGUGGCCCAAGCCAGAUAGCGCCAGGGCGAUGUGAAAUGGGAGCCGGCGGCUCUGUGGGCAGUAAGUGCGUGGGAUGCCACGGCAGUGAAGAUCUCCAUGUCUUCGAGACACAUGCAGGUAGGCUGCACACUGCCUGCAGCCACGCCGCGUGUGGCCCCUGCCUUCGGCAGCUGGUGCUGAGGCAGCUUCCGAAGAGCCGCGAGCGUUGGCAGCUCGAGAUCCUUUGCCCCGAGCCGGGCUGCCAGAAGCGACUCCCUCAGCGCUUGGUCCUCACAGUCAAAGAGGCCGAUGACCUUGCGAAGGCCAUCGACACGGACGGCGUUUGGCCAAGCCUCGGAGACGAGGAAUCGCAGCACUGCCCCCUGUGUGGGAAGGCAGCGGCGGUGCGCGUAAACCGGGCUUGUGGCCAUGCAGCCUGCGAGACCUGUUGGCUCGACGGCCUCGAGGAGAAACUCCGCUGGUGCCGCGAGAAUGCCGCCAUGGACAUCCCGUGUCCGCACCCGGGCUGCCAUGAGGGCUGCUACGAUGUGCUGCGCCACUUCGAGAGCCCCUUCCUGGAGGAGCUCGAGCUCUACGUCCGGGAGGCCCAGGCGCAGCUCGUCGAGAUCUCCUCGUGGUGCGUGCACGGUCCUCCCGGGGCUCCGGGACCUCGCUGUCCGGUGUGUGCUCGCCAGUCCAUGGCGUUGCUGCAUUGUCCCUGCGGAUAUGCGGCUUGCUCGUCUUGCUGGAAAGGCUUCGUGCAGCAGCAGCUGGUGUGGUGCCAGGAGAACUUCGCCCUGGGCCCUGUGGGAUGCCCGUGGCAUCCGGGUCCGGGAGGCUGCGCCCAGGAUGUGCUCCCUGUGCUUCCCUACGCCAUCACGGUCUUUGCGGAGCACCAGGACCACCUGAAGAAGGAACUGAGGCGCCUGGAGCCCUGCGCCUUGCCGCGUGACUUGCGUGGGCCGGCACCCACGUGCCCCAUCUGCGCGGAGGCAUCGCUCUGCCUGCUUUCGCCCUGCUCUUCGGAGCACGUGGCCUGCGAGAAAUGCUGGGCGAACUGGGCCGAGGAGCAGAUCGACAUGUGCCGUCUUGGACGCCACCUGCCAGCACGCUGCCUUUGGCCAUCCUGUGUUGCCGACUUGGCGGAGUCGGGUAUGUGGCGCCUGGUGAAGGGAGCCUCUGUGGAGGCUCCGAGGCUUUCUCCGCUUCUUGCGGAUAUGGACCGCCGACAGCGCCUGCAGCGGAGCUACCUCUAUCCACCCGCGGUUCAGGUCGACUGCCCCCAGCCCGGCUGCGUGGGCUUGGGCUACCUGGGCUUCGACAUGGUGAUGUGCUUCAUCUGCGAGCACCAGUGGGACGCGACCGAGGGCAUCCUCGGGGAGGAGACGGAGCUGCCCGAGGGAGAGGAGGUGGCGGAGGCUUCCGUCGCCGGAGUUAAGGUCAAGAGUGCGGAGUUUUUUUCACGUUUCGGGCUGCCACCUCUGGCGCAGGUAAACCAUGUUCAGCUUCCAGAGGACAUGGAUCAGCUUCUCUCUUUUCUUUCGGCAAUGGGCCCGGAAGAGGCUCUCGUGCACUUCGUGGACUCGGGCGGAGGAGAUCCGGAUGUCGAGGAUGUUCCGCUGGCAACGGCGAUUUCCAGUAGUGUUGCGAUUUCGGCCAAAAGCCUCGCGAAGCCGCAGGCUUAUGGAGAGCCGAACGGUCCCGAGCAAGCUGCGCUCGACGAUGCUAUGAUGUCCUCCAGCAUGAGCGCGCAGGAAGAGCGACCAGGCUUCGUGUUGAGUUUUCUGCCUGUUCGUAGGAAAGUCAAGAAGUUUCGUUCGGAGAUGAGCAGCGCUGGGCCGUCGUUUGAAGCACCGGUGGUCAUGCAGAUCUCGACAGAGAGCCAAGAGCAGAGUAUUUAUUCCGGUCAGUUAUACGUGUUUCAAUUCAGGGUGGAAACAGCUGGCCCGUUGUCCCUCGAGAUUCGCAGCGAUGGCCCCGAGUUACAAGUCCAGCCUUCAUCUAUCAGUUUCGAUGUUUCCGAGGAUGUGCCUGUGUACAUCUCGAUCUCGGUGUAUGCACCCUCCCGAGAACUCUCAGGAAUGCGGACUGUGACGCUGCAAGGAGGUGAGUGGAAGCGGAAUCUUCGGGUGCGGUUUCAAGAACUGCCAGGUGUGGCGCAGCUUCUGUUGCAUGACGAACUCCGAGGGCCAGCUGGGCCGUGGCCGUUGUUGCGGUGGAGCGGCGGUGCACCGCAACUGGUAGAGUCAACACUCCGCAAGUUAGAAGAGCUACCGCCCCGGCCGGUCGCGGUCAUCUCGGUUGUUGGGGCAUACCGACAAGGAAAAUCACACUUGUUGAACCAACUGGCAAACGUUGUGGGUAUGGGCUUUGACCUCGGCCAUACGACACGAGGCCAUACAGAAGGCUUUGAUUGCAUCCUCAUGUGCCACUGGGAGAAGGAUGAGUACGUCUUGAUUCUCGACACGGAAGGCACAGAGGAUGUGGCAAAAAAUGAGAAGCGAAGCACCGACAUUCUGGUUCUGGCAUGGAGUGCUGACAUCCUCCAGGCUGCCACACUCCUGGCCCAACAGGUGCAGAGUUCGAUGCAGCGAGACGAGGAAGGUGAGACGCGGAGCUAUCCAUCGCUGACCUGGGUGGUUCGCGAUUGGGCUCUUGAGCUGCCCGAUGGACAGGAUCUCCAGAGCUACCUGGAGGGCCUCUUGCCUUCGAGGGGCAUCUCCAGGAAGGCCAAGGAGGCUCGGAAGACCGCGGAGGAGAGCGUCGACCAGCUUGAGAAGCUUUUCCCGCGGCGCCAAAUGCUCACCGUGAUCCGUCCCGUCGCUGACGAGGCGGACCUGCAGCGCUUGGAGAGCCCAGAGGUGCAGCGCAGGGUCCGGCCGCAGUUCACGCAGCAAAUCUGCGAGGCUUGCGAUGCAAUUCGCGCCCAAAGCCGUGCCAAGUGCGUCGGAGGGACUACGUUGCAAACGGGUGCAGUGAUGACACAGUAUAUCAGGGAGGUGGUGCAAGCUGUCAGAUCAGGCGAGAACCUCAUCAUUGAAAGUGCCUGGGCAAGAGUUCAAGAAGCUCUUGCAGAGAAGGCACUGUCCGCCGCAAGCAAACUCUUUGACGAGUUCCUUCGUGCUGGCUUGGCCAGCCUGAAAGCAGAGAUUUUCCAUGCGAAGGGGAGCCAUCUAGUAGCCCAGUUUUGCAGCAGAAGCGAUGGAGUGCCGUUGGAAGAGGAAGAGAUUGAGCGUAUCGUUGAGGAAGCUUCGGAGAAAGCUCGGGCCAGACUGGCGGGGCUCGCACACGGAUGCGAGCCAACUCGUCACCAUGGCGUGGCAGUGGCACUGCAGCAGCAUGCUAUCCAAGAGCUCAAGCAGCUGAACAGCGAAAACCGUGAGCUGUCAGAGGCGUACUGCAGCCUCGUGGCUCAGGGAGUUUGCACGCAGCUGCAAUCAGAGGUUUCGAGCUCAAGCGGUACAGAUGAUGGGCUCCAGGACUUGCUGAAAAUCGCCGUGGACGAGUACGGCUCCAGUGCCAGAGGACCUGCAAAAUGCCGGGUGGGCCACAGGCACAUGGAGCGCAUGAGUCGAGAGGUGGCUCUUCGACAAGAUGCUCGAGAGCAGUUGCGCGUGCAUCAGGAGGAGUCACAGCAUCUGAUGUUGCUGCAAGAGGCCCAGCAUCUUGCUGACAUGGAGAAGAAGGACCGGUCAAGCGACAAAGCCGAAGACUGUGGUGUGUUCAUGGCUUUGGGUUUCAAUGCGCGUGCCUGGGGAAGGUGCAGCGUCGUUCGAUGCAAGGAGUAUAGGUAUAUCUGUACCGAGCCGAAAGCUGAUCAUCUUGCAAGCUCAAUAUCAGUACUACAGUACCGAGUAAAUGAGGCUCAAGCUUGGUGUCAUGGUGAGCCUGGACCUUCAAAAUCCGAGCCAAAGACCCCGAAGACUCGAGUCCUCUAA